GGUAAAAAAAUACCCUCCAUGCUACCUUUGCUUUUCCAGGGUAACCACCUGUAUUGUUCAUAUCUGAAUCAAUGUUCCCAGGUUAAUUCCCUGAAUAAAAUUCUCUUAUCUUACCCAAUUGAUAUCCUACCAAGAGUUAUUCGUUUUAUUCCCUAUGAAAAUAAAAUACUCUCAAAAUUUUCUUUCUAAACUAUCUAAUAUGCACUCUAUAAUAGGAACCUAUAGGUUUAAAGUCAUCAAGUCGUGGGAAAAUGAAGUGUCAAAAUAGACAGUUGAAGAUGAAUGUUAGAAGAUAAUUUAUGGCAUAGUGUUUGAGAGGUUUGACGAGAAAAUGCAUAGAGAAGUAUGAUAGGAGUGGGAAGAUGUGUAAUUAAUUUAAAGUGUGAUUAGAUGACAAAGCUGAGUGUCCAUCUCCAGCAGUUGCCAAUUGCUCCAGUGCCUGUGUUGAGUCAGGUAUAGCUUGAUCUAUCCUGGACUGUGCUUGGAAAGUAUAGUGAAAUGAUCUUAAAAUAAAUGUGAGGAGACUGUUCACUGUGAUUUAACAGGAGGAUGUGGGACAUACAUAAAUAGUAUCAAUCUUAAAGUGCAAACAAUUGCAGUGAUCAUUAAAUCUAACCCGGGCACCUCAAUACAAUUUAGAGAAGAGACAAAGAGAUACAGGAAGGUAAAGGAAAUCUACAUAUAAAUGUACCUUUCCCACAGAUGGAUCACCAAGAAAAAACACCAGAAGAAAAUCUAACUGAACUGAUGGAAUUUGUUCUUUUGGGCUUUGCUGACAUACCUCAUAUCCAGUGGUUUCUUUUUAGAUUAUUUUUAAUUAUCUAUAUCAUUAUCCUGAUGAGCAAUGGCACCAUAUUUCUAAUAAUGAAAAUGGAUCCCUCUCUCCAGAGCCCUAUGUAUUUUUUCCUGGCAAAUUUUUCCUUCUUGGAAAUCUGCUAUGUAUCAGCUACUCUCCCCAGAAUGCUGAUGAAUCUUGGGACUCAGAGAAGAAGAAUUUCUUUAGUUGCCUGUGCUACACAGAUGUGCUUUGUCCUUAUGUUUGGAUCCACAGAGUGUUUCCUCCUGGCAGUGAUGGCCUAUGACCGCUACGUGGCCGUUUGCAACCCUCUGCACUAUCCUCUAGUCAUGAACCACAGAGUCUGUAUCCAGUUGGUGACUGGGUCCUGGACCAUUGUAAUCCCAGUGCAAAUAGGGGAGACAUAUCAGAUUUUCUCUCUGCCUUUUUGUGGACCUAACCAAAUUCACCACUUCUUCUGUGAUAUUCCCCCAAUACUCAAGCUGGCUUGUGGGGACACCUUUGUAAAUGAUACGUUGGCCUAUACGGUUGCUGUGUUAUUUGGCAUGGUUCCAUUUCUGUUGAUACUGGGCUCCUACAGUAAAAUCAUCUCCAUCAUCCUGAAGUUGCCAUCAGCCACAAGUCAAGCCAAAGCCUUCUCCACCUGCUCGUCUCAUCUUAUGGUUGUGGUGUUAUUCUUUGGAUCAGCCAUUAUUACAUAUUUAAGACCCAACACCGGAAACUCAGAGGGAACUGACAAAGUACUUUCUCUUUUCUACACUAUCCUAACUCCUCUGUUUAAUCCCAUGAUAUAUAGUUUAAGGAACAAAGAUGUCAUGAUGGCACUGAAAAAAUUGCUAUGUAAAUAAUUCACUUCAGUAGAGAAUGAGUUAAAUGUAUAAGAAUUGCUUUCUCACAUAUUUUUCAUCAAAUUCCAAUGUAGGUAUACCUUUAACUAUACCUUUUCUUUCGUUACAGCGCCAAUUAUUUCCAAAUUAAAAAUUACAUAUAUUAUUGUCAGACCUUUAUAUAAGUAAUAUAUUAAGUUAGAUAAGUAAUAUAUGUGUAAGCUGAUAGCAAAU